AUGGCGGGACUGGUCACCGUUUUCGUGACGAUAUUCCUCCUGUUUCCUGCUCUCCUUGAAGGUGUGCAGGUACAGACUACCUCCGGGACCGUCAGCGGUCUCACCACGACCUACCAGGGGACGGGCGUGUCGGUGUUUCGGGGGAUCCCUUACGCUGCCCCGCCUGUUGGCCCGCUGAGGUUCCGUGACCCCGAGCCGCACCCCGGGUGGGACGGUGUACGGGACGCGACGCAGACCCCGCCCGAGUGCCCGCAGAAGGGCGACGCGUUUCGGGACCCCCAGCCGCACCCCGGGUGGGACGGUGUACGGGACGCUACGCGCACCCCGCCCGAGUGCCCGCAGAAAGGCGACGCGUGCUGCGAGGACUGCCUGUACCUGAACGUGUACGCACCACAGGGUCAGCACCAGGAGGGAGGGCUGGCCGUCAUGGUCUACAUCCACGGCGGCGGCUUCCAAUCGAAGAGUUCUGGCUAUCCAGACCCGACGCCCCUGGCCGUGACGGGGAACUCGAAGAGUUCUGGCUACCCUGACCCGACGCCCCUGGCCGUGACGGGAAACGUGAUAGUUGUGGCUAUCAACUACCGUCUGAACGUGUUCGGUUUCCUCAGCACGGGGGACCAGGCCGCACCCGGGAACUACGGGCUGAUGGACCAGCGCUUUGCCAUGGCGUGGGUCAAGGACAACAUCCGGGCAUUUGGUGGAAAUCCGGACCUGGUGACCAUAUAUGGCAGGUACAGAUAA